AUGCCUUACUGCCCCAACCCUUGGUUGUUCCAGCAAGCUCCACCCCAGCAAUUCCAAUCUCAAUCCAAAUCGAAGAGAGACCAAGAGUUCGAAGAAGGUCUGAACCGCUUACGCAAAGAGUAUGCUACAGCUCCAAUUGAGAGAAAGUUGUUCCCGGACCAAAAAAUAUAA